CAAAAAAGUUUACGCCAAUACAAGAACGCUCGUUGGCAGUCAAAAAACCAGGAAAAACCAAAAAUCAAUAGAUAAUGAAUGUCAUUAAAAAGUGCAAAUUAUUGGAAAAUAUAUAGGAAAGUCUUGGUGUGAUUUUGUGUGGCCGCAUUUUCCGGUUUUCGAUCGAGAUCGAAGCGUAAAUCAAAUUUAUAUGAGCGGUCGAGCUGUAAACAGACCACGACCCAGAGUAAAAUGUUAAAAAUAAAUGGCAAUGCAUUUUACAAUCGCCGUGUUUCCGAGACGGGGCUCAAGGGCUGUGGCGUCCACCUCUAAUUACGUCUGGCAGUGGCAGUGAGAUCCCAAGACUUGUACUGCAUCCGAGAUAACCGAAAAACUAAAAAUAAUUGGCGAACAAGAUGCGACACAAAUAUUCGGCCAACAGCCGCGGGCAUGUCAAAGGCCGCCAACCAGAUCCGUCUGACUGUGACUGUGAAUUCUGAUUAAUUGAUAGUGAUUGCGAGUGCUACUUUGAUCGUGAUUUUGAGUACGGGAACUCGUUCGUGUGCAUCGCUUGCUUCAUGUUUAACAACAGCCACUUGCACCAGGAUGAAUACAUUCGCGAAUACGCCUUCGAGCCGGAGCUGUUGAUCAAUCGCGAGGACUACCAGCGGAAAGAGGAGCGCUCCCAAAAGUCCACCGCCUCAACGCCCGUCCGCCAGCGCUGGGAUGACGUCAUCGCCAAGCAAAAGGAGCAGCAACGCAAACAGAGCAUCGAUCCGCCCGGCGAAGACAAGAACCAGAUCGAGAUCGAAAUCGAGGCCUUUUACUAUAUGUAUGGUCGUUACACCAAAGAUCUAGGAGAAUUUGCCAAGGAUGAAGCCAGAAAGCUCAAAAUACUCGAAAAGCGACGAAAGCAGGAAGAUAAACAAAGGAAUAAGGAACUGCUGGGCAAGCACUCGAACCGGGCGAAGAAGGUGUCAUCAUGGGUCUGGAAGCACACGGUGGCCCGACUGGGCGAGGAUUGGGUCUUUCUGGCGCUGCUGGGCAUCAUUAUGGCGAUGCUCUCGUUCAUCAUGGACAAGGGCAUUUCCAUAUGUACAAACGCGCGAAUUUGGCUAUAUCGCGAUCUGACGUCACAGCCUUUUGUUCAGUACAUAGCAUGGGUCUCACUGCCGGUCUGUUUGAUAUUAUUCUCAGCCGGCUUUGUCCAUCUCAUCGCACCGCAAAGUAUAGGUUCUGGUAUACCCGAAAUGAAGACCAUACUGCGCGGCGUUCAAUUGAAAGAGUAUCUCACAUUUAAGACACUAGUGGCCAAGGCAAUUGGUUUAACGGCAACUCUGGGCAGCGGUAUGCCAUUAGGAAAGGAAGGUCCUUUUGUACAUAUAGCAAGUAUUGUAGCACAAUUAUUAAGUAAACUUGUCACAUCAUUCCAAGGCAUAUAUGAGAAUGAGUCGCGUAACUCCGAAAUGUUGGCGGCAGCCUGUGCCGUGGGUGUGGGCGCCUGUUUUGCCGCGCCCGUGGGCGGUGUGCUCUUCAGCAUUGAGGUCACCACCACCUAUUUCGCGGUGCGUAACUACUGGCGCGGCUUCUUCGCGGCCGUUUGUGGCGCCACUGUCUUCCGCCUGCUGGCCGUGUGGUUCCAAAACGCCGACACCGUUCGAGCCCUCUUCCUCACGAACUUCACCACCGAGUUUCCCUUCGAUCCCCAGGAGCUCUUUGUCUUCGCCUUGAUCGGACUUGUCUGUGGCUUGGGUGGCGCCUCCUACGUGUGGGUCCAUCGGCGAUAUGUCCUUUUUAUGCGCUCCAACAAGCGGAUGAACAAGUUCCUUCAGAAGAAUCGCUUUUUGUAUCCGGGAUUCCUGGCCCUGCUGGUCUCCAGCAUAUCGUUUCCUCUGGGCACUGGCCAGUUCCUGGCCGGCGAGCUGAGCACCCACGAGCAGGUGACGCAGCUCUUCAGCAACUUUACCUGGUCGCGGGAUGAUCUGACCGUGGAGCAGGCGGCCGUGGUGACCCAUUGGAUAACAAGCUACACCAGCGUGUUUGGCAACCUGGUCAUCUACACCCUCUUUACGUUUGUGUUCUCCAUCAUAGCCUCCACGAUACCAGUGCCGUCGGGCAUGUUUAUUCCGGUCUUCAAGAUCGGGGCCGGCUUUGGUCGGCUGGUGGGCGAGUUCAUGGCGGUGACCUUUCCCCACGGCGUCCGCUACGGCGGUCGGCUGUCACCCAUCAUGCCCGGUGGCUAUGCCGUCGUCGGAGCGGCCGCCUUCUCCGGAUCCGUGACGCACACGGUGUCCGUGGCCGUGAUCAUUUUCGAGAUGACCGGCCAGAUCACGCACGUGGUGCCCGUGAUGAUUGCCGUACUGGUGGCCAAUGCCGUGGCGGCGCUGCUCCAGCCGUCGAUAUACGACAGUAUUAUAUUGAUUAAGAAGCUGCCCUAUCUUCCCGAUCUGUUGCCCUCCAGUUCCGGUAUGUACAGCAUAUUCGUGGAGGACUUUAUGGUGCGGGACGUGAAGUACAUAUGGCACGGCAUCUCCUACCAGAAGCUCAAAGAAGUCCUCAAGCUGAACAAGACGCUGCGAUCCCUGCCGCUGGUGGACAGUCCGGAUAACAUGAUCCUGCUGGGCUCCGUGCAGCGCUACGAGCUGAUCAAGAUGAUCGAGAAGCACAUUGGUCGCGAGAAGCGCAUGGAGGUGGCCCAGAAGUGGCAAAAGGAGGCACAGGAGCGGGCGAUAGAGGAGGAGAAGAAAAAACAGGAGGUGGAGCUGAAAAUGCGCCGUCCGUCGCGGUUCGAAGUCCUUCCCGCCCCCGAUAUUCUCAGUUUGCGGCAAAUCGCCAACGACGAGAUGCUGCCGCCCAAGAAACGGGCGGAGACUUUGCACAGUUCGUUGGCGCCAAGGAAGUCCAUCCUAAAGAAGACCAACUCCUUCAACUUGAAGACCUACGCCCAACCCAUGGCCCACAGUCCCAGCAUCACGCCGUACACCACGAUCACCGGCAACUCCGAGUUCCGCAUCCGCUCGGCCUUCGAGGCCAUAUUUAAGAAGUCCACCACGCUCCAGGACGUCCAGCCGGAUCCGGAAACGGGCUCCCUCUCUCCGGCCGCCAGCCACACUGAGGUGGAGGUGCCGCGCACUCCCAGCACUCCGGGCGUUUCCAAAAAGGUUCAGCUGUCUGCACAAAGUAAUUGGGAUUUUGUUACCGAUCAAAUUAUGCUGCAAGUAAACCCUAUUUCAACGAAAGAAACAACAUUGCCUGCUGAAAAGGAUAGCACGGAAAUAGCAAUAUUAAAUAGUGGGGAAAAUUCAAGCCAAUCACCGAGCAUUAAAUUCAAAACAAAUAAAGUUGCAGAUGUUGAUAGGUCUCCUCAAACGACUAAAAAGUGCACGAAAAUAAGGUUUGCCAACGAAGUUCGAGUUAAGGGUUCGCCCACACGAAUUAAAUUUGAAUUAAAAGAAGAACCAACUGAAAUGGGCUAUUCUAUAGAUGAUGUCGAUGAAGCAACAGGUUUAGAAACGGAUGUUGAGAGCAUUCACAAGACGAAAUCGGUGCAGUUGCCCAGGGAACGCGUCAUUGACAUGUCGCCAGAGGAUCAAAAGCAAUGGGAGCUCGAGGAGAUGAUGAAACCCAUCGAUCUGCAAAAGGCCAAUGUGCACAUCGAUCCCUCGCCGUUCCAACUAGUGGAACGCACCUCCAUACUCAAGGUUCACUCGCUGUUCUCGAUGGUGGGCAUCAACCACGCCUAUGUCACCAAGAUCGGAAGGCUUGUGGGCGUUGUGGGACUCAAAGAAUUGCGCAAGGCCAUCGAGGACAUCAAUAGCAAUAGCUUUGUGCCACCCACACGGGAUGAAGAUGCGGAGGACAAGCCGGCGGUUGAAAAGCCCCUGCUGUCGACGAACACUAGCGAUAAGGCCGUGGACAUGACCGUGACCUCAAUGGACUCGGCUCUAUCCAAUUCCGAGAACUGCUCGGACAUCGAAAUGGAGCACCUAAAGCACACGGAUAAGGGCACAGUAUCGCUUACCAUGCCGCCCCAGGAAUCUAAACAAAAUGCAUCGGCGGACACAAAUACCACAGAAAACGGCAAUCAUGCUUGAUACAAGAUGAUCGGCUAUCAGAAUAGUACAUACGAUACGUAUACGUAAUAUGUUUGUAAAGAUCAGCUAAAUCCUAUCAUAAGUUACGUCUUACACGAGUUAGUCAUCAAUGUUAUUAUGUAUUUAUGUCUCGUUAGUUCAUAAUGUCAAAGAUAUCGUGAUUUAUAUAUAUAAGUUGAAAAGAAAAUCAAGUCACCAACGAA